AUGCUAUGCGAGCUGUUUUGGGGAGAUCCUGGCUUCUUUGGAGCUGAAAAAUGAACCACUGACUUUUGCAGGUGCCAGGAUCAUACACAUUUGGGGCUGUUUGGAAUUGUUUUCACGUAAAAAAUUAAAACCCUGCAGUUCUCUUUGGUAGACAACGAAACAUUUUCUUUCUUCCCUUAUUAGUGAAGCCUCCACUCAUUCUUCUCACACCAUGAUGUGACACAGGCUCCAUUUUCCUUCAACCAAAGCAUGGUGCCACUGGGCCCUCCUCCUCCAUACCCUCACCACCCACCUCAUCGGAGAUUCACAAGGGAAGGAGAACUCAUCAAGGGCCAUUCCUCUCACAGUGGAACCCCCAUCCUUGGCAGAUUUCACAUUCCCAUGUUGAGAGUUUUUGAUAGGAUUGUUGUAGGGUUCAAAAGAGGAUGCCUCCCGACUUGGGAGGCCAGAUGGAUGGGACAUUCGCAGUUUACCCUUUCGUUUUCAGUGAUCCAUCAUAUCCUACCUGUUUGCCAAGAAGAUUAGAGGCCGUGUUACAAAUGCACAGUGAGGGUCUGGAAACAUAAAUAGAAGACUGUGUACCUAGUCAUAGGAGAGAAGCAUCUCUGCCCAACAGCUGGGCUUGCAGGGUGCCUGUGGUUGAAAGUUCGUGUCAGUACCAAACUCCCUGGCAGCCUGGGCAAAAAGGGCAGCCUCAUGGGUUGCACAGCUCCUAUGUCUUGUAUACUGGUAGUGCUAAAACACGAGCUUCUGCCUGGGAGGAGAGCAGCGGUGAUUGCUCCCAGAUGUGGCUGGCUCGGCCAGCUUUCCAGAACAUGUGUAGGAGUGGGAGUGUGUUUUGCACAGAAGCAGAGGAAGUGGUGCACUGUGCCCAGGGCUCGAAUCGUGAGCAGACAGGGAUUUUGUGGGAGGAAAGGCCUUGGGACAGUAGCCAGUUAGCAUCUCAGGGUGUGUGACUGGGGAGCUAACCCAGGGCCUCACGUGUGCUAGGCAAGAGUUCUAGCAUGAGCUGCAUCUCCUGCCCUGAUCACUGAAAUCUGAAUCUUGGCACUCUGCAAUGGUGGUCUCUAGUACAGAGAGGAGCCCACAGGGUGGAGAUGAACCUGUCAGGUCACAUGGAUCUGGCUGCUGUCGCACAUAGAGGCUCGGACCCUGAAGAACAGGUGGCCUCUGAAGGUCAUUGCAGGCCAGUCCCAGAUGGGCCCAGACAUUUGAGAUGGUUGUUGUUGUUGCCGUACAUUUGGUUUUCAAGGAACGUACUUGCCAUUGGACGGAGGUGGAGUUGCCGUUGUGAUCCAUUCACGUUUUGCCUCUGUCACAGCUCAUUUGCUGACCUUGCCUCCUCCCACCACCCCCACUCCACAUCUCUGGCCUUCAUUUUCUCAUCUGUCUCUGAGAUCUGUUCUGAUUCACAGGCACAGGGAUCUCUAGAGGGGAGUGAGGAAGGAGCCUCCUCCCAUAGGAGUUUUCCUUUCUUAAAGAAAAGGCAAGUGAGACUCCGGAGCUGAGUGAGGGAGCACCAUGGCAGUGUUUCUGGAGGCCAAGAAUGCCCAUUCUGUGCUGAAACGCUUCCCGCGGGCCAAUGAGUUCCUGGAGGAGCUGCGCCAGGGCACCAUUGAGCGCGAGUGCAUGGAGGAGAUCUGCAGCUAUGAGGAGGUCAAGGAGGUGUUUGAAAACAAGGAGAAAACGAUGGAGUUCUGGAAGGGGUACCCGAAUGCUGUCUACUCCGUCCGAGACCCUUCGCAAAGCUCUGAUGCCAUGUACGUGGUCGUGCCCCUUCUGGGGGUAGCACUGCUGAUUGUCAUCGUCCUGUUCAUCAUUUGGAGGUGCCAGCUGCAGAAAGCAACACGCCACCACCCCUCCUAUGCUCAGAACCGGUACCUAGCCAGUCGUGCCGGGCACAGCCUGCCCCGGGUCAUGGUGUACCGGGGCACUGUGCACAGCCAGGGGGAGUCCUCCGGGCACCGGGAGGCGGGGGGCACCCCGCAGGUGGUUCUGGGGCCCAGCCGGGGGAGCAGAGCCACGGUCCGGCUGGAGAGCACCCUCUACCUCCCGGAGCUCUCUCUCACCAGACUGUCCAGUGCCACUCCUCCUCCGUCCUAUGAGGAGGUGACUGCGCCCCAGGAAGGUAGCAGUGAGGAGGCCAGUGUCUCAUACAGUGACCCGCCCCCGAAGUAUGAGGAGAUAGUGGCUGCCAGCCCCGGUGAAGACAAGUAGGGAGGCCGUGUACUGGCCUGGAGGGAGGCCUCUUUCAGAGGCUUCCAGCUUACGUUGGAACUUUGGAAAGACUUUGCCACCACAAAACAGCCUUAGCCUCCUUGUUGCCAAAUAAUUCUCUAACCGUGGAUUUUUAGGAAGCCAGCUGUCAGAGACAGGUAGGGUGGGCGGGCAUAUGGAAAGUGCGUGAGGCAAAGCCCCUGGGAAGAGCUAUGGAUUCCAGAUCCCGGCUCUUCUGGAAGCCUCCCCCACCCCCACCCCCUUGUCCUGUCCUCCCGUCCAGGACUGACUUCUCUUAUGCCAAAGGAAUCACCCCAGUGUGUUGAUUGUGGCCAGAAUGUGCCCAGGCUCUGCCACCUGGGCCUUGGGGUGGGGGCCUGACUGUGCCUGAGGCGGUAGGGAGAGAGGAGAGGGAGAGAAGCCAGCUCUGCAGCUCCCCUUUCCUCCUCCGCAAUCCUGUGCUUCCUGUCCUCCACUUUCGAGGACAGGGGCAAGGACUGAACAACAAAGAAACCAAGUAAUAACAAAGAACGAAUAGUGAAUACCACAGAACCAAACAGUGCUGCUAGGCCGUGCGUGGGUAGGAAACCGGGGAAAUCAAUUGCGCAGAUCUGUGACAGGCUCCUCCCCCUGCACCCACCCUCGCUCCUGACCAGGCCCGCAGCAACCUGGCUGGAGGACAGGGUGCGUGAAGGGUGCGGGGCAGGGGGCUGGGUGGCAGAGUUCCUUCCUUCAUAGUCACCAAGGGGCCCUCAUGGACUUUGCCGCCCUGUUUUUGGUGUGCCUGCCCCCCAGACCUGUGCACCUGCUGCGCCAGAACCACUGCCUGCUGGCACGAGCCCACUGGAAGCCCCGGAAAGCUUUGUCCGGGGAAAGCGGAAGCUCCGACCCUGCCGGGAGCCCACGGCCCCUGAGUAGUCAGGGCACAGGCUGGGACAGUGAACUUCUCCGUGUGUGGUUGCUCCCCCCCAUUGGCCAGUUAUCCUGAGCCUGGUCUCCUCAGCACCGAGCUCUCUGGCUUUGAGCUUUUAGGAUACUUCCCUUUUUGUGCAUGGGUGUGUGGGACUUGAACUUCAUAGUAACGAUGGUGCCACGUGAGCAGGAGAGCCUAAAGUGUCUCUUUUUAAACAUCUCUCUGUGGGGGAGCCAUGAGCCCGGGUGGAAGGUCUGUCCAGGCUUUGCUCUGCCAUGGCCAGGAGCUGGUCUGAUUUCAGUGAGACUUGCGACAGCAGUUGGGCAGGGGUGACCUGCCCUGUAACUGUCAUUGAUCAGUAAAAGACAUUGUUGAUACCAUCUCUCCCCUCCCCCAUCUCUAUCCUCCUGGCCUGGCCUCGCCUUGGUGCCAAAUCAGUUUUCCUCUGUGGUGCUUUCAAAAAAUGUAGCAACCUUUUGUGCGACCCAGAAGAGUGCAGAGCGUGGGUGCAUAGGCAGCCACAGCAGUUUAGAAGCCAUUGAGUGGACAAGCUUCCUGUCCAAAUGGCUCUCCAAGGCAGUCACUGGGCUCAUUCCUUGAAUGCAGCCCUUUCUGAGGCCACAGAUAACUUCUGGAGGCCGCUGGAGACCUGGGGACUGCCCCCAGGCUGUGUUUCUGGUCUGGGGGCCUGUGUCCUACCCUGCUUGGAUAACUGGAUUCUGCCAUGAGGGUUUCCGUCCUUCCCCCUACCUCACAGGCCCACCGGAGGUUGACUGGGCUGCUGCUUGUGAAGUGCUUGGAGCCCCGGGGAGCCAGUGAGGUUUGCCCUUGGAAAGAUGCUUCUAGAAAUGUGCAGGUUCCAAGGGGGCCAUUUUGAGUGAGGGCCCCAUCUGCCUCUGAUGUGGGGUCUCAGCCCAAGAGGAGUCAAACUCCUGCCUGACCCUUUCUAUGCCCUCCAGCCCUUCCUGAGUUCUGUGAUGCCAGAGAUGCCGACCAGGUGGCAUUCCACCUUUCCUUCCUUCUUUUUGCCCAGUCCUGGGCCUCUGGCACUGCACUUCUGCCCUUCCUCAGGAGGGGAUUUUUGGUCUAGAAGGUCUCUGUUUUUUCCAUGAUGGAGCCUGGGCCCAAUCCCAUUCGGCCAUGUUGGAGGACCUCAGAAGGAAAGCCAGAAGCUUGGGGCCAGCCCCAGUUCUCCCAGUAUUUUCUCAAGCAGGGACCUAAGUGUGACCUGCAGGACCUGAGCAAAGGCCUCUCCUCCUGCCCCUGACCAGAGCCAGAGGGAGUGUGCCAGGAAGGCCAGCACCUUAGGCAUCUGCCCAGUGGCCUGAGGCUGGGCCCUGGGAGAGCCUAGGAAGUGGAGCCCGGGGACUGGCCCCAGGGCGGCGUGCUUCCCUUGGCCCGAGGGCUGGCUGCAGGGAGAGCCUAAGGCUGCUCCUUGUGGCCUGCGGCCUAGGCUCUGGCACUCUGAGGAGCUCUUCCUGGAGGACUGUGCAGAGCUCCAAACCGUGCACACUUGGCUUUUAUGAAUGCCCUGUACAGAGCUUUUCAAGCUGUCUUUGUAUGAAUGUUGAUUUGAUAUGAUGCUAACACUACAGUUGCCACAUUUUGGUUGUUUUGGGACUUGUGUGUGUACGUGUGUAUAUGUGUACACAUGUGUGCACGUCGCCUUUUCUCAUUGCUUCUCUGAAACAAUAGCCAGUGUGCGGCUAUAUUUAUACCAGGAGGAUCCAGUCUGAGGGGAGAAAUGUUGCCUCCUGGGCUGGGCAGCCUCAUGACAGGGCCCUGAGUGAGGAAAGCUGAGACUAGCUGUCAAAACCCCCCAAGGUCGCUGCCUUCUGUCCUCCCUCAAAAGGUUUGAGAAGAAGAUGAAGCAGCGUCACCCUGGGGGACCCAACAUGCCCCUUUGUUUGGCACGAUGCUCCCUCCUCCUCACUCCUGUUAUGCGGCCCUCAGUAGCUGAGGGAACUCUGACCACUCCUGGACUCUCUCUCUCUCUCUCUCUCUCUCUCUCUCUCUCUCUCUCCCCCUUUCUUGCCUUUCUUUCACAGAAAGAUCUGAGACUAUUGACUUGGGAGUGGUGGGCUAGUUAGGUAUUUUUUCAAUUAAAAAGAAGAAAAGUCUUUAAAAAAUUCACUGAAAUAGAACUGUCACUUGUUUUCAACCAAAAAUUUUUAAGACUUUUUAAAAACCAGAGUCACAAUCCUGUCCCUUCCCCACGGCCACCACCUAGGGCUUCCCAAGUGAAAGCACAAGAGUAAGAGCGGGGUGCCCAACACGGCUGCCUCGAGCCCUGGCUGAGGAGUCCCACCCCACCGGGAGGCCGAGGGCCCCACUUCUACUUGCCAAUCCACUGCCAUUAGUGUGAAUUCCUUAGGGUGCUUAGAAAAUGGGAGUCUGCCUGUUGUGCUGGACAAUGUCUUUUUGGUACCCAAAUAUGAGGAAUUUGGGACAGGAAAGUGUCUUUUUUGUUGAGCAGUUGGAGCCAGCUGCUUCCCCACUCCCAGUGGGUGGAGACUCCCAGUCCCCAGGCAGAGUUGAUCUGACACCCAGAAGGCAUCCCAGGAGAAAGAAAACAUCAACACUGCCUCUAGAUUGCUUUGUCCAAGUGAGAGCAAGGUGAAGGAGAGAGGAUCUGUCUCUCUAGCACAAGGCUGAGGCUGCUGGGCUUCGUGCACCUUGCUAAGGCAUGAAACUCCGUUUCGGAACUUUGCCAAUUCAGAAACAAGCACAUCCUCCCCACUGACGUCUGCUAAUACUAAUCAGUAUAAUUAGUUAAUUUAAAAAGUGCUGUAAUCACACUGCUUGGAAUGACAGUAAAAGCCCAUUAAUCUGAAACCCACUAAUUCAAAACUUGGGGAAAAAACUAUAAUUUCAAAUACUUCAAUAGUAGCUACGAUCCUUAGGACAUAAUACUGGAAAGAUUCUCCCCUUGGAUCCAUUUUCAGGGUCUUCUGUGUAAGAGGAAUCUGGUUUAAAAGGAGUACUUUUUUCAAAGGAAAAGCUCAAGGUAUUAAGGAUCCCUCCAUGUGCCUUGUGCCUUGGGGCGUGGCAGUUCUCAUCUGCAAGGCCCGUGGGCAGGGCAACCCCUUGUUUUCCCUCCACCUUGGGGAGUUAGGGUAGUGCAGUCUUUUCCUCCACUCCUGUAUUUAUCCUACGAGAAUAAUAUUGUUCGUGAACUUGAGUGCAAUUGAAACACAAGCACGUGUCUUUUGAAAUAUUCUGUAAAGCAAGUGUUGCACUAGCAGACUGGCUGCUCUUGUCAUCCGCCCUCAAAUAUUCAAACUUUAGGAGUUUUUCCUUUCACAGGCUGUGGGUGGGGAGUCUCUCUCUCUAGCAAGAAUUUCUCUGACAAAGACAUGGGAACAGCACACCCACCCUGGCUCAAGGCCACAACAGUUGUUCCACUGUGCUGUUGUCUGAGCGGGUCCCACCCCCAGCUGUGCUUCUGCCUCCCAGCCAGUCUCCUCCUUGCUCAGAUGCCACUUCCCCAGGCCUGAACACACCCGCCCGCUAGCUCACUGUGACUGUGUAUUUGUGACAGUGCAAACCCUGCUGUGUGCAACUGAGCUUAUAGAAAUGAUCACCGUGAAGUGGACUCAUUUUGGCACCACUUUCUGCAGUGCCCGUCUUCAUGUGUUGACCCAUGUCAGCUGGAAAUCUGUCCUUUCAGUAAUAUGUCAGGGUUUCACUGGAGCCUGGGGCCAGCCAACGAGCCUGCUUCUGAUCUCUUGCUCUCUGCUCCCUGUUUACAAUUGUUGAGUUUAGCUGUUAAAUUUUGUCUCUUUCUGUACCAGAAGAUAAUGAAUAAUAAUAAAGAGCAAAUGGCAUCCCUUC